UAAUGUACCUAACAACACCCUAAAGAUAUCCAUUAUUCAAAGGUGUCCCCAGUUCUCCAGUUAUGCCUCGUCCAUUCUACUAAGCAACCUCACCUACAAUGAGUUUCGUAAAUCCUUUCGUUUAGUAAAAUACUUAUCGUCCUCAACCUUCUCUGCCCAUUAGCUAAAGAGGUCCAAUCCCUACACAAAAUCCAAAUUAAAGAGCAUAGACACCACAAGCUCGAAUAACAGGAAAAACAGUACCUUCAAAUCCUCCACCUCAAAGAGUUUAAGCAAGUUUGCCAAAUAAUGUAAAUCCAAAGGGAUAGAAUCCAUAAACUGUAAUCCCAAAUAAGCCUUACACUAGAAUAAUGCCUUAACCUAACAACAAACCUUAAAGCACAAUCCCAGUAAUAUAUUACAAUUAUAGUUAGACUAAUCAAUAAUAAAUGAUUUAGUCAUUAAGUAAAGAGAAUUAAGACUUAAAAAAGAAAUUAGCUGAGAAGGAUCUAGAAUUAUAAAAAUUGAAGGCAAAAGAAGAAACAUUGGAGUAGAAAUUUAAAGAAUUAUAAGAUUAAUAAAAGAGUUGAA